AAUUCCGAUGCAAAUCUUCAUUGAGCAAUAACAAAGUAUAUCACGUCGUUAACGUGUUAUGUUAUGGACAGUUUGUGACAGAGAUCAAUGCUUUGGCACACAAGAAUACAGAAGGCACUUGCAUCGGCAACAAAAGUCGGUGUUGUUGCGUUUGCACGUAACGAUAGUGAAUGCAAAGUAUUACAGACGACAGAGACAGAACGAUAGAGUGUGUUCUGCACUGUCUAAUCAUAUUUUUACCGGCUCGUUUGUGUUUCAUUCAAAUUAACGGUAUUGUCGAAAAACCGAACGCAAGUGAUGCUGCACAAGCACCAAAUCACACCACACCACACCACACCAUUUUGAUUGCUGUAAUUGCUCUUUGUGAAAAAUGUGUUGAUUUUGAGUUGUUAAAAUUUUUUGUCGUCCGAAAAUUGUAUUAGUUCAAAAUUACGUUGAUUUAUUAGAAUUUUAAGUUAGAUUGUUAAGUUUUCGUUGAAAUAUAAGAAUAUAUAAUAGAAAAGUACACACGAUGAACAUCGAUUCAAAUAACAACAUAGAAAUGGUGAAAACCAACGAAUUGGCCAACGAGAUAUCCAUUUGCAAUGCUGAUGAUGACAAUGCAAAAUUUACAUUGGAAUCACUGAAUAUGGGCAGUUUUCUCAUGAUCUUAGAUUAUUUGGAUAGCGAUGCGUUGAUGGAAUUGUGCCAAGUCAACGACGAGUUUAGAAAAAAAGUCUUUCUGUACAAGCACAUUCUGUCCAGCAAACUAUUCGAAAUUAGUGAAUUCGUUGAUCUUCAACCAAUUUUCGAAGAUUUUGGCCAUUCCAUCUGUAGAUUAGAUGUAAACGAGUACAAUUUUUUACACGGGAAAUUCUCGUCGAAAUUUAACCGUUUGCUUCGAAACGUCGUUAGUCACUUGGUGCCCGGCAAUUUGGUCGAAUUGACUUUACGAUUUGGUAUACUAAAAGUUGAUUCGGGUCUACUAAGCAGUGCUGUGCCAUUCUUCAGCAAUUUGAAAUAUUUUGCGUUCUCUGCAUGUGGUUCGGAUGAUUUUAGUCACGCUCAAGAACAUGUGUUAACGACAAUCAUUGGAAAUGCACCGCAAUUGUCAUCGUUAGAUGUUCGCUAUCUUCGCACAGUCGGCAAAUGGUUUCAAUUUGGCCACCUGAAAAAUCUACAAAGUUUGACAUUCCUCUUCGUCGAGUUGAUCGCAUAUGUCCAUUUUCGUGAAUUUAUUCAAAGUCGCCCAGCGCUAACAACACUAAUUUUGAGCACGGAAUCAGUGCAUCAUCAGCAUCUCUGUAAAUUGGUGACACGUUACAUUCCGAAUUUGAAGGAAUUCGAAAUUAGAAAUUCGUAUUUGCAACUCCCGCACGGCGACGAUUUUGACUUCAGCCCGGUGCCAAGGGAUCCUAAAGAAAGAACGCUUGAAGAGAACGACGAUGAUGAUGACGACGAAGAAGAAGAAGAAGAAGAAGAAGAAGAAGAAGAAGAGGAGGAAGGGGAUGAAGGCGAUGAAAAUAAUGAUAGUGAAGAUGCGGAAACUUCAUUUGAGGAGAGUGACAGUGAGACUGAAUUUGAUUCGGAAGAAAGCGAUUCAGAUAUCGACGAUGUUCGUGGACCCGAAUUCAAUCCCAACACCGAUCAUGCGACCAGUUGGAAGUCGGUAUAUAGUUGCCUGCAUGAAAUAAACUACCUAAAACGAACAUGGUUGAAAAGUCACUUUGUCAACUGCUCCGAUUUGUAUGACGUUCUAAAAGCGAUGGCCAAAAAGAACACCGUCGAACAUUUAACAAUUCAAGUUUCAACUCUUGCACAUGAUUUAAUACAAAAAGACGACUUUCUGGCCGAGCCAUUUCCGCAGGGUUUUACAGCUCUAAAAACAUUGCGCCUAGUUUCACCGUCGAAUGAAACACAAUCAUUUAUUCGGCAAUUUGUUCAAUCUUUGCCAAACAUGACCAAAUGCGUUUUGGAUGUGGAAAAGAUUGACCGCUCUGUGCAGGACACAAUUGUCAAUUUGGUUGAAGCGGCCAAAAAUCUGGAAAUUUUGGCUUUGAAAAUGCCCAGCAUGAACUUCGAUCAUUUGAUUUAUAUGAAAUUACUAGGUAUCCAAUAUUGUAAAAAACGUUCGGCCACGGAAAUGAAACCACUCCAAAUUUACAUAAAUUCAAUUCCACAACAAACAAAAUGCCUGACUGAACUCAAAGAUCACUACGAUGAGUCGGCUAUUGCAAUAAAAAUUAAAUCGUUUAUGACAUGGGAAACAGACCCAUUAUGAUAUUUCGAUACGUGAUUUAGCCAAAUUUACUGCUCUAUCCUUUUAAACUCUGUACCAAUCUCAAAAAAUGUGUUGACAAUUAUUGUUUGUGUUGAAGAAAAGAAUCUGUCAAAGAAAAAUAUUUGAAAUGAUAAAUAAAAUUGUCAUAUGUAUCGCAGGAAA